AGUAGCUUAUGAGUGUUCUGAAGAUGUUAUAAGGCUAUACAUUUAAAUUUGGGGUCUUUUUGAUGAAGCAGGUGAUAAUGGACUACUCAGCAGAUAAGUUUCUUACUAGCAGUGUAGGGAGAGAGUUUAUAGCUGGAGGGUUUGGAGGCACAACUGGUUUCAUAUCCAGUUACCCAUUCGACACACUCCGCAUCAUACAACAGCAAUCCAAAAAAGGCUCUGCCUUCAAAAUCCUUAGAAAUGUGAUUGCUAAGGAAGGACCAACUGCUCUGUACCGUGGCAUGGCUGUGCCUUUUACCUCUGUUGCCUUUCAGAAUGCCAUGGUUUUUCAAAGUUAUACAAUUUUUACAAGGGUAUUCAGCCCAUCUGCCUCUUCUAAUGGUGCCCCACUUCCCAUCAAGGAUGUUGCUUUAGGAGGAUUUGGCGCAGGUGCUCUCCAAAGUCUAUUAAUGUCUCCUGUUGAGUUAGUUAAAAUUCGUCGUCAGCUUCAAACUAGCACUGGCCAAUCCACCGAAACAGACAAGAGUCCUAUUAGGAUCGCUAAGAACAUUUGGAAGAAUGAAGGUCUUCGUGGCGUGUAUCGAGGACUUGGCAGCACUAUGCUUAGAGAUGCACCUGCAUAUGCCUUCUACUUCUCCACAUAUGAAUACAUGAGGGAAAAGCUUCACCCUGGAUGCAGAGAAAGCGGUCAAGAUAGCCUGAAUACUAUGUACAUAGCAGGGGGAUUAGCUGGGAUAGCGAGCUGGGUUUUCAACUACCCUGUAGAUGUUAUAAAGACAAGAUUGCAAGUUCAGACACCUUCUUCAAUGAAAUACAAAGGCAUUAUGGAUUGUGCCCUGAAAAUCAUUAAAGAAGAAGGUCAUGUUGUGUUGUGGCGUGGUUUGGGACCUACGAUUGUUAGAGCGUUUGUCGCAAAUAGUGUUGUAUUUCCUGCUUAUGAGUUUAGUCUAAGGCUUCUGUAUAAAAACUGAAGCAUUAGUUAAAAUGUUCCAAGCUAUCAAGGGGGGAUUAUUCCUCUCAGUGUUCUAGGGUGUUUCA